GUCGUUCCUCUGUUCUCUGAUUUUGUGCACUAUCUGGUGGAGAAAGUGACACCGCCGCUAGGAUGAAGCUUGUAAGGUUUUUGAUGAAACUGAGUCAUGAAACUGUCACCAUUGAAUUGAAGAACGGAACACAGGUCCAUGGAACAAUCACAGGUGUCGAUGUCAGCAUGAAUACACAUCUUAAAGCUGUGAAAAUGACCCUGAAGAACAGAGAGCCUGUCCAGCUGGAAACCCUGAGUAUUCGUGGAAAUAAUAUUCGAUAUUUCAUUCUGCCAGACAGCUUGCCUCUGGAUACACUACUUGUGGAUGUUGAACCAAAGGUGAAAUCUAAGAAAAGGGAAGCUGUUGCAGGAAGAGGAAGAGGUCGAGGUAGAGGAAGAGGACGUGGUCGUGGUAGAGGAAGAGGAGGUCCUAGGCGAUAAUGUCUCUGGAGAUUAUUUCAAAGUGUUAAGUG